GCCGCCUUCCACGCCCGUUGGUAGAAGCUGAGGCGCGUACCCGAGCACAAUAACGCUGACUGGCUGGAGCGGAAUGACGCACCCAAUCACCUGGACGCUGAUUGGCUGGAGUGAGCCAGAUGUCGGAGAGCGCCAGAAAACAAGCUUGAGCGGGUGAUGCUGAAGUCUCCCCGGGACAGUGUAGAGUUUCCGCUAAUCGGACAGGGCUCUCAGAGGACUGGAGGUACAGGCUGAGGAGCACUGCCCGCUUAUUUUGAAGAGGGAAAUUAGCUGCUAUGUUAGUCUGAAGAAACUACGCGCUGACAAGUCUGUAAAAGCGGACAUAGAGCCAUAUUGGAAUAUUUCAUUCAUUCAACAGCAGAGCAGAACAAGUUUUCCCAAAUGGAAGUUGAAUGUCUAGCACUGAAAGACCUCACAAGUCCAAGGAAAAGUUUCACGGUGGAGCCGGAGGAGGAUGGGGGCCAAAGUGAACAAAAGGAAAACCUCUGCACAGAGAGGAGAAGAUCUACGCCGCUGAAAUCUGCUGAGUCCACCAUCCCUGCUUUGCUGAUAAACAGAAAAGGUGCCACCGCCGACCUGGCUCACAUCACCCCCAUCAAACACACGGCCCUGGCUGAGCCCUGGACGCCCACAGCCAAUCUGAAGAUGCUGAUCAGCGCGGCGAGCCCAGACAUCCGGGACAGAGAGCUGAAAAAGGUGCUGUUCAGACCCAUAGAGAAUGAGAAGGACAAGCCAGCAAGUCCAGAUGCCGUGGUGGAGGAUACAGAGGUGGAAGACUCUUGUCAGUUUGAAGCCGCGGAGGAGGAGGACGAUGCCGAUAAAAAGCCGAGCAGGAAGCAGAAGAGUCUGGGUCUGCUGUGCCAGAAGUUCCUGGCCCUCUACCCAGAUUACCCACCACCACACAUCCCCAUCUGGAUCUCACUGGAUGAGGUGGCGACCAGUCUUGGAGUGGAGCGACGGCGUAUCUACGACAUCGUCAACGUGCUGGAGUCUCUCAUGAUUGUGGGUCGGAUAGCCAAGAACAGCUACACCUGGUACGGCCGACAGCGGCUGGAGGCCACGCUAGAGGAGCUGCAGCGGAGGGGUCGGCAGCAGGGCUACCACCUCCAGAUGGAGCUGGCCAGAGAGGCCGGACCAGGGCGCGAGGACGAUGGAGCGGAUGGGGACGCUGGCAACGCUGGUGGCAACAGAAAAGAUAAAUCUCUGCGUAUCAUGAGCCAGAAGUUUGUCAUGCUGUUCCUGGUGUCCAAAACUCAGACUGUUACUCUGGACGCAGCAGCAAAGAUUCUCAUCGAGGAGAGCCAGGACUCGUCAAGUCACAGCAAGUACAAAACUAAGGUGCGGCGACUGUACGACAUUGCAAAUGUGCUGACCAGCCUGGGCCUCAUAAAGAAGGUCCAUGUCCGUGAGGAGAGAGGCAGGAAACCAGCCUUCAAGUGGCUUGGCCCUGUUGAAUUCAAACAUUCUGGAAAUGCUGGAAAUACUGUGAACUUGGCGGCUGUCACUCUGCCUGAGGCCACGCAGCCAAUGGCAGGCCAGGACCUCAGAAAAGCCAAGUUGGCACGCCACGCCUCUUUCAACAUCACCCCAACUUCUGUGGCUAUCCAGCGGCAGGUCAGCUCUUCUGCACCCAGCAGCCCACGACAAGAACCUAUUGGUCUGCCAAACCAGCCUGUGGAUUAUUCCAAAAAGACUUCAAACAACAAUGCAGUGUGUCAGCUGCAGUUUGGAAACAGCACUGAUAAGCGUCCAGGCGCCGCACUGCAGGCCCCCACCCGCAGCAGCAGCAGCAGCCCGCUGCCUCUGUCCUCUGCCCAUCCCACCCUGCUGGCACCUUCCCUCCACCCAGAGCAUCUCUUCACAUCUUCCCCCUCUCCCCACUGCUUGGCCUACCUGCCCAGCCUGUCCCAGCCCUCGGUGGUCAUGCUGUACAGGGCGCCAGACAAGCCUAACCAGAUGCCUGAAGGUCAGAGAUCGCCCAGGCUGGAGUCUGAGGAGGGGAGGAAGAGAAGGAGGGAAGAAAGGGAAGAAGAGGGGACGGUGGUGAAAAAGAAGGGAGCGUCUGGGUUAGAGGAAUGUGACAUGAUGAGAGAUGAACCUCACAGGGAAGCAGCAGAGUGUUCACAAAGGGGUAACACCAGGACUUCCCCCAAUCGCCCAGCAGGCCUCUCCAGAGAGCAGGCGUUCCAUGAGAGUGGCAACAGCAGCAGUGAGCCGGCCCAGCCAUCACACUACCUUUAUGUACCCAACAAUGCAGGUCUGAAUGGCCUAAACUUCCUCCUCUCUGCCGGCCAGCCACCAGCCGGUCUAGCACUUCCUCCCAGCAGUGUUCCCACCCUGGCGCUGCCCUAUGUCCUGGUGCCCUCUGCAGCCCUCCCCCACUACCCCCUGGUGGCCAGCAGUCUGCAACAGCAAGGCUCUAAUGCCCACAACAAACUGAGCUUCAGCCUGCCUGCUGUGAUGUCACCUACCCACUUUAUGAUGGGGGCGGCGCCGUAUGGCCUGGCAGCAGCAUCAGAGAUCAGCGGGUCACCGGUUCCAUCGCCGUCCACGCCAGAACAGAGCAGGCUGUCAGCGGAGGGCACUCCGCGUUCUCCCUCAGGACCACGUCAGACUGUCAGCAUCAACACACCAGAACCCCUGACUCCACAUACUCCAAAGGAAACCACAUCGUCUGCUUCUAAGGCUUUCUUCCAGACCCCAGGCACACUGGGAAGUGUAGUCAGUGCUGUGCCAGCUGCCCGAAAAAGAGGCACGGCACAGAGGAGACUGGACGUCGGCCACCCUCCGACCAGUUAGACAUCUGAGGAGAUGGAAUGGGUGGCUAACAUGCUGUUUUAACAUUCAGGUGUUGGUCCUAAAAGUGAAAAAUAUGGUUUCAAACCACUGGUGCUUUGUUAGUGUAUUAAUAAAAAAAUCAAGGGUUUCCUUCCAAAACACAAGAAUAUAAACUUUAGCAAAAGACUGUUUGCUGAGAUGUAAAAUGAACUCUUUCCUAAAAUAUGGGGGUUGGAAAGCAGAGACCUUAAGAUAACUCACAUUUUGCUAAUGAUUGUCAAUUUUUACCAAACGGUGGGAAUCUCAUUUUUAAAUGAAACUCCUCCGUUAUUGGUCGUUCCGUUAAUAGUUCAAAUGUGCCUCAUGGUUCAAUUAUGGGACACUAGAUAGAGUGAAUGAGUGAAGCAGUAUUGCCAAUGUAACAGUGCCCUCCUGUGGUGGGAGUCGGCCACUGCUGUAUUUUGUAUUUCAGCCUUAAUUUUCCCUCCCACACAUGAUCAAGCUACCUAAUUCCCCGUCACUUGUGUAUUAUAGCCCAAUUUCUAUUUAUAUUUUAGCUAAUAUAUGUUGAUUACAGGGACUGUAAUUGAACAUGAACUUUUUUUAGCACUAAGUAUUUGACGAUUGUAUGUAUAUUGAAGUGAUUGUCUUUAGUUGGCCCCUUCAGGUUUUGUUACAUUAUGAAGGUAUAAUAGGAAAUCUAUUAGCUGCUGAUCACCGAUUGACAUCGGCAGUAGCAGACAAUCCUCUCUCUGCUCAUUUCAGAGUUACUGUGAGGAGAAAAUCACUAAAGCCUUAAAUGUUUACAGCCAGCCAGGUAUCUCAAGGAACAGUUCUUAGACUUCAUGUACUCAUCAGGAAGACAAAUGUUACUGGUGCUGUGUAUGUUUUCACUGAGUAUCUGAAACCAUAGUGCUUAAUGGUUAAACACCAAACCCUUGAGCUCUAAACUAAAGAACAAUGUGACGAUGCGCUCAGGUACUUGAAUACUUGUGACUUUACUAAAGGUGGAUUUUGGAGAGAUAUCAGAGUACUGUAAAGAAUUUUUUAUCCUUAAUUUAUCCAGGGAAAGUAGACUGAGUUUAUAUGCUGUCUUUUUUUUUAGCAGCACUGUUCCACAUUCAUACGGUCCGACACAUUUGGGAGACUCCCAGUAAGACCGCACUCUUGUUGGCUGGUGCAGUUGGGGGUUAAGUGCCUUACUUAAAGGCACCUUGCUAAGAAGAGAGUUGUUGCCUCAGUACAGAUUUUCUCAGGUUGCCCAGGAAUUAGUAUCAACAGCCCUCUAGUCACGAGCCCACUAACUUGCCUCCAGACAACUCAGCCAAAAUAUUGGUACUUUGUGGGAAGCAUUCAGGAGAGCUUAGCUAUGUCACACCAAAGGGUGCACAGAUAAUCCACUCUGACCAGUGGAUGUGUAGUCAUCAAUGUGCAGUUUUAUGUCAGCAAUUAUUUUUGUACAUUGUUUUCAUAGUGUCAUUUAUACUUUCACAUGCAGAAUGUUAAAUGCUGAUUUACUGUUUCUAAAAUAAUGAGUAUUGCACUGCUAGUUUUAGUAGUUGUGUCUGCUGAUCUUACUUUUACAAAACUCUGAGCUGUUCCUUCACUGGUGCUCUGCUCUCUGUAGUUACGGGCCAAACUGGUUUUCUUCUGUAUGACUUUCACAAACUUUUAAUUAAAAACAUAUGACGCUGA